GUGAUGUCGGAGGGAUAGUAGGAUUUGGUGCUGGACUUUCGUGCGCAGCGGGGGACAAACUGUCUCUUUCAUUCUUCUGAACCCGUUUAUUCAAGCAGCGGAGUGACCGAGAGCUGCUCGAUGUGACUCCAGCCGCCGUGGACCAUGAGUAACAGCCACCCUCUGCGGCCCCUGGCCUCGGUGUCGGAGAUCGACCACGUGCACCUGCUGUCGGAGCAGCUGGGCGCGCUCGUGCUCGGCGAGGAGUACAGUGACGUCACCUUCGUGGUGGAGGGGAAGCGGUUCCCCGCGCACCGCGUCAUCCUGGCCGCGCGCUGCCACUACUUCAGGGCCCUGCUGUACGGUGGGAUGAAAGAGUCCCAGCCCCAGGCGGAGGUGCGUUUGGAGGAGACGCGCGCCGAGGCCUUCUCGAUGCUGCUCAACUACCUGUACACGGGCCGGGCCAGCCUCAGCUGCGCCCGCGAGGAGGUGCUGCUGGACUUCCUGGGCCUGGCCCACCGCUACGGGCUGCAGCCGCUGGAGGACUCCACCUCGGAGUUCCUGCGCACCGUCCUGCACACCGGCAACGUCUGCCUGGUGUUCGACGUGGCCAGCCUGUACUCUCUGGGCGCGCUCGGCGCCGCCUGCUGUGCCUACAUGGACCGGCACGGACCCGAGGUGCUGAGUUCUGACGGCUUCCUCGCGCUCUCCAAGACUGCCCUGCUGACCUUGGCGCGGCGCGACUCGUUCGCCGCCAGCGAGAAGGAGAUCUUCCAGGCUCUGAGCCGCUGGUGCCGGCAGCGCGAGGACGGCGGCGCCACGCAGGAGGUGAUGGCGGCGGUGCGGCUGCCCCUCAUGACGCUGACGGAGAUGCUGAACGUGGUGCGGCCGUCGCUGCUGCUGAGCCCCGACCACCUGCUGGACGCCAUCAAGACGCGCUCGGAGAGCCGCAACAUGGACCUCAACUACCGCGGCAUGCUGAUCCCGGAGGAGAACAUCGCCACCAUGAAGCACGGCGCCCAGGUGAUGAAAGGGGAGCUGAAGUCGGCGCUGCUGGACGGGGACACGCAGAACUACGACCUGGACCACGGCUUCUCCAGGCACCCCAUCGAGGACGACGGCCGGGCCGGCAUCCAGGUGAAGCUGGGCCAGGCGUCCAUCAUCAACCACGCGCGCCUGCUGCUGUGGGACAGAGACAGUCGGUCGUACUCGUACUACAUCGAGGUGUCCAUGGAUGAGCUGGACUGGGUGCGCGUGGCGGACCACUCGAAGUACCUGUGCCGCUCCUGGCAGGAUCUGUACUUCCCCCCACGAGUCUGCAGGUACGUUCGCAUCGUGGGAACGCACAACACGGUCAACAAGGUGUUCCACCUGGUGGCCUUCGAGUGCAUGUUCACCCACCGCUCGUUCACCCUGGAGAACGGCCUUCUGGUGCCCGCGGAGAACGUGGCCACGAUCGCGCUGAGUGCCAGCGUCAUCGAGGGCGUGAGCCGCAGCCGGAACGCCUUGCUCAACGGCGACACGCGCAACUACGACUGGGACUCGGGCUACACCUGCCACCAGCUGGGCUCCGGCGCCAUCGUCAUCCAGCUGGCUCAGCCCUACGCCAUCGGCUCCUUGAGGCUGCUGCUGUGGGACUGUGACGAGCGCUCCUACAGCUACUACGUGGAGGUCUCCUCCAACCAGCAGCAGUGGACCAAGGUGGUGGACCGCACCCGGCAGGCGUGUCGGUCGUGGCAGACCUUGAAGUUCGACAAGCAGCCGGCCUCCUUCAUCCGCAUCGUGGGGACGCACAACACGGCCAACGAGGUGACGCCGCCCCACUCCAACGCCGGCCCCGCCUCUUCCGACCGUGCCUCACUCUCUCUCUCUCUCCCUCUCUCUCCUCCUCCAGGUGUUCCACUGCGUUCACUUCGAGUGUCCGGCCCAGCUGGACACGGGGGUGAGCGAGGGCAGCCCGGGCCCGGACCCCCCCGGCUCGGGGUCCUCGUCCCCGCAGCCGCGCCCCCAGCGGCCGUCGCGCACCCACAGCCUGCUGCCCCCCCAGCCCUCCCCCCCCGCCUCCUCGUCGUCCUCGCAGUCCCUCCAGUGAGGACGCCUCCCACAAUGCCAGUUUUUUUUGCACACAGCCUAUUCGUCAACCAGUCUCACCGUCAUAGCCACGCCCCCUUUCUCACCCCCCUCGUGGUCGUGUCUGUCCGCAGUGCAGCCGUACAGACGGUGUGUCCUGAUGGACGAGGGUUUGGCGUUUCAGCCGCCGGCUCUCGCCGUUUAUGUGAAGGUACUUUUUUUCUUCUUUUUUUUUCAAGCUACUGAGACUCGAGUUUUGUUUAAUUCAAAGUGGAAUAUUUACUUCUCCAAAGACACACUGCGACGUGCAGUAACACCAGUGUGUGUGUGUGAGAGUGUGUGUGUGUGUGUGUGUGUGUGAGGGGGGUUGCUAUUUGAAUUUUACCAGUUCAUAUUUCCAAAAGAGAGAGAUGGAUUUUAAUCCUAUUUUUUUUAAGGGAGCGUCUUCACUUUUCGUACACGGGUCGCAGUCGGCAGCAUUAUUUUCCAAGGAAAAAAAAAAGUUCGGGAAAAAUUCCAAUUCUUUGCCAAAACCUGCGGAGCUCUCGAUUGCGUCCUGCGGCGCCUGAAUGCAACUUGCACUUAGUCCCAGUUACGCAUUUGCAUAUGAAGUCAUCGCAAAAAAACUUUUUGAUAAAGUAAAAACAAAACAACCCGGGAACUAAUCCUAAGGCGUUUAAGUGCUGUCUUAGCAUUUCAAGCACUUGGGAGAGUUUAGCACAAAUUAUAUUUUUUUUCAGGGGGGUCGAUUCGGUCGGGAGAAUUUAUUUUUUGGGGGCUCGGACCAAAUCAUGUACGGCUGAGAGGAAGGAGGUGGGAACGGAGCAGCUGCCGUCGGCACUUUAUUUUACUCGCGUACGGGAUGUAAAGGUGGCGGCGCCGCAUCAUGUGACUUUAAUUAAUUUAAACUCUUCCUUUUGCUCCUGGAUCCAUUCAGUUUAGUUAUAUUUUGUGUGUUUUUAUGUCGUUUUUAAAUGGCUCCGUCGGCGUUGCGGCUCCUCGUUUCCUUUCCUUUGUGUCCCGAUGUUGCACUUUGAAAAACACAACAACAACAAUGUUUGUCUGCUGUUGAAUAAGCUGAAGACCCCCGCGGUGACCACUGUUGUUCCUAUGAGCCGCCUCGAGUCAUCUCCAUCUGCACAUUUUUAGAAGAGCACCCACGGGUGCCUCGUUGGAUAAAGUCUUCCGUGAGAACCAGAUGAGUGAACCAGGGCUUUGUUCAGGACACGCUCCGACCCAUCAGACCUUUUAGUAUGUGAAUAGUUUUACAUUAUAUAUAUAUAUCAAAUAAUUCCACUGCCUCUUGUUCAAAACAUGCCUGUCAAAAAUGUGAAUAUGGAAACUGACAUUGAUGGUAUGGGGGGGGGUCACGCUGGCCCGGUUCUGGUUCCGAGAGCCUCUGUUACAGACGAUGCGUUCAUGGUCCUCCAGGCACUGAUGACCCCGGCAGCUCUUUAGAUGUUGAUGUGUAAAUGCUGCCCAAGAAGCUGUUUUACUGUCAUGAAACAUUUAAAGAAAAAAAAACCGCCUA